UUGCAUUUUUCAGAUCCUCAAUUAAUCCCCCGCGCUCUGGUUUUCUCCUCUUCGGACGCAGAUUUCGCCGGCCGCUGUGUGCGUCCCUAAUAAUCUCCAAGAAUGGCGGGGAGACCUAGCAACAGAACAAGCCAAACGCCGGCGAUGCCGCCAGCACCACCACGCCAAAACGAGUACUUUGUGCCUCGCGAUGGCAUAGAUCGCGAAGUCAUCACAUCAGACAUCUGCAGAUACCUGGGGAACGACGCGUUGGUUCGCCCUGGCACGUACGAGGGACCCGAUGGCCGUGUCACGCAAGGUUACUAUAUCACGGCGUACCGAAACUUGACAUCGGCCAUGAUUCAGGAUCUCAAGGCCGACUCCGCUCGCUGGGAGCAAGAAAGGCGGGCUGCCGCUCGGUCUUCCGGCGGCGCUGGAGGUACAACGCAUUCGAGCCAUCCGAACGGCAUGUUUGUGAGAAGCUCUAACUCGCCCGUAGGCUCUCGGGAGCAGCCUCGUGGCCAGUCUGACUACAGUGCGUGGAAGAACAGCUUGCGGGAACGGGAGUACGAUGCCGCGUACGGUUCUGCCAUGGACGUUGACUAUGCGCCCGCUGCAGGCUCUGCCGGGAAUCAGGGUUACCCAGGCCAGCCGUACCCAGGACCACCUGCCGCGAGCUACCCUCCGGCCCCAUAUCCCCCUCAGGUCCACGCCUCCUCGGCGCCGUAUCCAGCCCAGCCGGCCUACGCAUAUCCGCCUAACCCUCCCCCAACACAGUAUUCCCCACAGCCCCAGAACCCCGGCGACAGAUAUUCCGCGAUCCCUCCACCGCCCGGCCCCGGAUCGUACGGCCAGGACACUGCCUAUGUCCACGGAUCCAAUUACCAAGCUGCCCAGGGUUAUGCCGCCGCCGGACCAGCCAGGAUGCCGCCACCCAUGCCUCACGUAUCAGCUGCCCCGGCUAGGACUUUCCCUGCCCCCGCCGCUGGGACACCUGGAUAUGGGACGGAGACAGAUCCGUACGGCUACCCGCCGCCUGCUGGGAACCCUCCCGCCCAAUCGUUCCCCACCGACCCGCUGUAUGGCCGCGGUACAACACAGCGGCAAGGCUACCCGGCCCCUCCGGAUCCCCAGUAUGAUGACCUCCAGAAGAAGCCUGGACUCCAGCCCGCCACCACGCCCACCAGUGCCGCGCCGGCCCAGAUGACAAACAACGCGCCGCCGCCCGCGCGUCGUGACCGUGACUCGGAGCCGAGAGAGCGGGAGCCCAGUCACAGGGAACCAAGCCACAGGGACCACAGGGCCCGCCGCCCCGAACAGGAACGCGAUGACAGGCACGCAGACCGCAACCGCCAUCGCCACCGCUAAUGGCCAUCCAACA